AUAACAGCCAUGAGCGGAAAGAUCAUCUUCUACGAGGAUCGUGACUUCCAGGGUCGAUCAUAUGAGUGCAACGGCGACUGCUCGGAGCUCAGCUCCCACCUGAGCCACUGCCACUCUGUCCGCGUGGAGAACGGUGCCUUUGUGGUAUACGACCAUCCCAACUUUGUUGGACGCCAGUACCUUCUGAGGAAGGGGGUGUAUCCUGAGUACCAGCGCUUGAUGGGCUUUAGGGACUGUAUCAGAUCCUGUAGAAUGAUCCCUAUGUACAAGGGCUACUACAGAAUGAAGAUCUACGAGAAAGAGAACUUCGGAGGUGAGAUGAAUGAGGUGAUGGAUGACUGUGAAUCUAUCCAGGACAAAUACAGCAUGACCAACAUCCUGUCCUGUCACGUGAUGGACGGCCACUGGCUGAUGUACGAGCAGCCACGCUACAGAGGCAGGAUGGCGUACCUGAGGCCAGGAGAUUACAGGAGCUUCAGAGACAUGGUUCUCGACAGCAUACAGUUUACCUCUAUCAAGCGAAUCAUGGAUUAUUAA